AUGGAUCCAGAAUACAAAGCCCUGACCUCUGUUUUCUCGGCGCACAAGGGUUACAAGUCAUGGGCUGUGAAGCAGGUGGUAGCCCCCAAAAAGCUGAAAUAUAGGAGCUUGACCAAAGACGAGCAGGCAUUAUUCCCAUGGAUGGAUCAGCAUAUCAGCUAUUUGGAGCAUUCUGUUGAUUUGAAUGCGCAGUUUCUCGAGCAGAUUGCCAUGACUGUGGCUCCAAUGUGGGGCUCAGAGCCAGACCCGGGUGUGUGGGCAGAGUGCUCGGCCCAGGACCUGGACAAAGUGCGCAGCAUACUAGUCCAAUUCGCGAGAGAGUGGUCUGCGGAGUGCGCGGACGAGCGAGCCGCAUCUUUUGGCCGCAUUUUGCAAGACUGCGAGAACUUGUUUCCAGAUGUUGUAAACAGACAGAACGUGGAGGUUCUCGUGCCCGGCUCGGGAUUGGGCAGACUGGUGGUGGAAUUUGUGCGAAGAGGAUUCCGCACCCAGGGAAACGAGUUCUCGUACCACAUGCUCACCAACUCCAGCUUCAUAGUCAACCACUCGUUUUGCGAAAACAACUUCGUCAUCUGUCCUUACCUGCAUAAGAGCUCCAACGUCAGCAAAAGAACAGACCAGAUCCGCCAAGUGUACAUUCCUGAUUUCAAUCCGGGCGACAUUUCCUUUAUCAAUAAAGAAUACCCUGAAAUCCCGGUCGCCGAUUUGAUGUCAAUGGUGGCAGGCUCGUUUGUAGACCUGUACGGCCCACCUAACAUGCCCCGAAUCAGCGACGUGUACACAAACGAUCCCCAGGCCUCCGAGUUUCGCCAGCAGAACGCCAAGAGGUUCCAAGUGGUUGCAACAUGUUUUUUUCUCGACACCGCCUCGAAUAUUGUCGAAUACCUGCAAUCCGUGCACCAUUGUCUGGCCGACGACGGGUAUUGGGUCAACUUCGGUCCGCUUUUGUGGCAUUACGAGGACGACGAGACUGUCACCAUGAACACACAGAAAAACGAAAAUGGCAACUGGGAGCAAGUCGCAACGCCAAUGAGAGGAUUGGAGCUAUCUCGAGACGACCUGAUCGAGCUUGUGCAGAAAGUUGGAUUCGAGUUUGUAAAGAGAGAGUCCGACAUUGAAACAACGUACGGCAGCGAUCCACGAUCACUGGGCGGGUUCAAGUACAGGUGCGAGUUCUGGGUAGCAAGAAAAAAACAAAGCUAA